AUGCUGUGGCGUCGCCCCUGUACUUAUGACACCUUCAUCUCUAGCAAUGAGUCUAAAUAUGCUGGAAGUAGCCAAUAUGUGAAGGAGGACCUCUUUGCUAUGGUGGGUUUGGAGGAAGGGAAUCCCUUCAAGCAACAUGUGACUAAAUAUUUGUACUCGACAUCAUCAACCAAAGUCCCUGGUCCAUUGAUCUCAAAAACUUUAGAGGAAUUAAGCAAAGAAUCAAAUUGGAUGGGAUAUGUUGCGAUGGCCACAGAUGAAGGGAAAGCUAACUUGCAGAGGAGAGACAUUGUGAUUGCCUGGAGAGGAACGAUCCAACCCUUGGAAUGGGCUAAUAACUUGCAAUUUCUUUUAGUCUCAGCUUCAAAGAUACUUGGAGAGGAACAUGAGCCUAAGGUUAGGAGACUUGCAGAAGAAUACAAGGAUGAAGAAAUCAGCAUAACAGUAGUUGGCCAUAGUUUGGGCGGAGUGAUGGCAACGCUAAACGCAGUUGAUAUAGCUGCCAACGAAUUGAACAAUCCUAGAAACCGACAAAACAAGGCAUGUCCUGUGACUGCCUUUGUGUUUGGCAGCCCUAGAAUUGGAGAUUCAAGCUUCAAAGAGGUCUUCUCUGGUUUAAAAAAUGUCCGAGUCCUACGUGUCCGUAAUACCCUAGAUGUUGUUCCUGUUAGGAUUAAACACACCCACAAAUUUGGUGUACAAACAAUCACACACAACAAAGACACAAAUAUUUACGUGGUUCAACCCACGGGAGAAAGAGAGAAAGCAUGUUGUCCGGAGUGGGCCUUGGCUGGGUUUUGGGAGUCUAGCAGCAUGGAGUAUAGCAGCUUGGAGAUGUCAGGCAAUGGAGUUUUUCCAGCCAUGGAGACGGUGGCUAUGGAGUUUUUGGCCAGCGAACAUCCUCGGUGGGCGGUACACAAGGAUCAAAAGGAGGAUUCGAGUUGGAAAUUUAACACGAUAUUGCACUUGUUAACAAACAAUCAGAUGCUUUAA